AUGCCUUCCGAUCACAAAGAUCGAUCGUGGAUCCAAAGCUCUGACAAGGCGUCGCAUCGCCGUGGUCAUUCAAGCCGAAAUGUGUAUAAGCGUGCGCGUAGUUAUUCGAGAACCUCACUCGAGAAAGGCAAAGCUAUGCAAUACAAACGACAACGGUCCUCUUCUCACCACUCGUCUCGAUCUGAUGGAUUGAGUGAGGAGGAAGAAGAUCCAGGAGACUACAAGACCGGUGGAUACCAUCCAGUGCGAGUGGGAGAGUUGUAUGAGAAUGGACGAUACAAGGUUGUACGGAAGCUAGGAUGGGGUCACUUUUCCACAGUGUGGCUCGUGCAAGAUCAACAGACGCGGAGACAUUAUGCAAUGAAGGUCGUCAAGUCUGCAAAGCAUUACACCGAGACGGCCUUGGAUGAAAUCAAGUUAUUGGAACGUGUGGCUGAAAGUGAUCCAAAGGCAUUGGGGGCUCAAUUCGUUACGGCUAUCGAGGAUCAUUUCAUGGUCAAGGGUCAAAAUGGCACACAUGUUUGCAUGACAUUUGAAGUCCUUGGUGAAAAUCUUCUUGCCUUGAUCAAGCGCUACAAGCAUCGAGGUCUCCCUAUCCGCCUUGUCAAGCAGAUCUCUAAGCAAAUGCUCCUUGGCCUUGAUUACUUGCAUCGCAUAUGCCAGAUCAUCCACACCGACCUCAAGCCUGAGAACGUGCUCAUGUACCUCGACAAUGCCGAAGAGCUCUUACGUGAAUCUACACAGGAUAUCCAUGAUGAUCAAAGUGAGGACGCUUCAUUCACAGACAAUGAGCCAAGCCGUGGGCGUAGUCGUCAACGAAAGGAUCGUCGUACUCGUGUUAAGCCCGUUGCCUCGCAACCGUUGUCCUCCGAUGCCAAAAGAGAUCACCAUAGGGGACGCAAUCACUCUUCUCGUAGAUCACAUUCAUAUUCCAGUUCUCGUGAUCGUCGACCUACCAAAUGCAUGGAUGAUAUCAAGAUUAAGAUUGCAGACCUUGGUAACGCAUGUUGGGUGAAUCACCAUUUUACUGAAGAUAUCCAGACUCGUCAAUAUCGAUCACCUGAAGUGCUUUUGGGAGCUAAAUGGGACGCUACGGCAGACAUUUGGAGUUUGGCAUGCAUGAUAUUUGAGCUUUUGACUGGUGAUUACUUGUUUGACCCUCAAAAAGGAUCCCGAUUUAGCCGCGAUGAUGACCACCUUGCACAGAUUAUUGAACUAGUUGGACCCAUUCCUCGACGAUUUGCACUUUCUGGACAAGACUCAAGAGAAUUUUUCAAUCGACAAGGCGAAUUGCGACACAUAAGCCGGCUGCGUUAUUGGCCCCUGAAAGACGUCCUCUAUGAGAAAUACGGCUUCAAUCGUGACGAUGCUGAAGAGAUUGAGAGUUUUCUAAUGCCGAUGCUGCGGUACGAGCGGCGCGUGCAAGCGAUCGACAUGUUGCAUCAUCCUUGGUUGAACAAUGUUAACCCUGUAUUGGAAGGCGAAAGAGAAGAACGAGAUGAAUGGAUGAAGCAUACAAGACCAUGGAAGGAAUGGGAGCGCUCUCAACGACGACGUAGAAGAGAUUAA